AGGACAGUGUACCACUGUCAGCCUGGAAAGAGAGAUAAGGGGAUCUGGAUUUUCAAAGUCCCCUUGAAGGCUUUCAAGACACUGACUAUUAUUCAUAAUGAAAAUGAAGAUAAUUAUAUAUAUUUGCAUUUGGGCAGCCGCAUGGGCCAUCCCUCUUCCUCAAAUCAUACCAUUGGAAAGACGCAUUGUUGAAAAAUCUGGGAAUGUACCUUUUCUAGCACACUCAGGAACUCCAGCACAGAAUGAGUUGUAUGUCAAUGACACUGUUAAGGACAGUAGUGACCCCCCGAGAGGGAGUGAAAUAGGAAGACAAGCGUAUGCCAAGGACGGCUACGAAAGAGAAGGGAUUGGCUCUGAGUCAACAGAUGCGGGAGGGACAAAUUCUACACGGCCCGUUUUAGCACACGAACAGGGGAACAUUGCAGAUGAAAAUGAGGACGUGGAAACUCAUGGUCGUGGUGAGAUACAUGUGAAAGGAGAGAACAGCACAGCAAAAGACAUCAGUGGCCAAGGGAGCGUCACUGAAAACGCGGGAGAAGCAAAGGAGAGAAAUGUCAAUGGACGCGCUGGUCAGGACACAAAAACUGGGGGUGCUGAUGAUGCCAGCCAGGAUGGAGAGGCCACCCUUGUCCAGGGAGGUGGACCUCAAGCAGCUGGAAGCGAGGGUAGUACAAACCACGAGGUUGGCAUACAUGGGGACGGGGUCGGUACCCAUGAAACAACACCCCAGGGAGAAGAGGAGGGAAGUGGGAUCAAGGGGGCUGAGGUAACACCAAGCAUCGAGGGGGACCCUGGUUUGGAUAAUACUGAUGGGAGUCCCAGCGGGGAUGGGGAAGAUGGGGAUGAGGACAUGGGCUCUGGUGAUGAUGAGGGUACAGAAGCAGGAGAUGGAAAGGGCGGCCGUGAUGUCCGUCAGGGCCAGGAGGACCAGUCUCAUCAGGGGAAACAGGACGACAGAGGUCAGAGUUCAGUUAGUAGUGAGGAUGGUAACUCUAAAGAGAAAGAAGGCUCCCCAGGUGGAUGUGAUGGAGACAACGCCUCUAGCAGCGAGGAGAACAAUGGUCUCGAUGAAGGCAAUGGCAGCCAGGCUGUGCAAGAAAACCAGAAGCUCAGUCACAAAGGCAGCGGAGGAGGUCCGGACGGCGGAGUCACCUGCCAGUCAGAAGCGUGUCCUCUUGGGAAGAGCCAAGACCAGGGCGUAGAGACCGGAGGUCCCAGCGCAGGCACCACAAGGAAUGUCACCAAAGAAUCCGGGAAACACGGUGGAAAUCAAGAGAGCAGUGGGCACCAGGGGAAGGAGGUGGACCAAAGGAACAGCCCGAGGCCCGGGGAGCCCGGCCGGCCUCAAGGGCCCGUCAAGGACUCAGAAGCCCAGAGCAAAACGGGGCGCAGCAAGAUAGGGAGCGGCAGCAACAGUGACGCGCGCGACAGCUACGACUUGGAUGACGAGUCCAUGCAAGGAGACGAGCCCAACAGCAGCGACGAGUCUACCGGAAGUGACGGUGCCAGCUCAGAGCGCGACAGUGAGAGCGGCAGCCGCGGGGACGCUUCCCCCAGCUCUGAGGAGUCAAGAGACGCCGGCCACGGCAGUGACUCCAACGGGGGCGACGAGGACAGCAGUGACGGCAGUGACUCCAACGGGGGCCAUGAGGACAGCAGUGACGGCAGUGACUCCAACGGGGGCCACGAGGACAGCAGUGACGGCAGUGACUCCAACGGGGGCGACGAGGACAGCAGUGACGGCACAUCUGAUGCCGAGGACAGCGACAGGGACAGUGAGAGUGAUGACAAGGACGAGUCAGAAAGCAGUGACCGUGACAGCGGCAGUGACAGUGACAGCGACAGCAGUGACAGCAGUGACAGCGACAGCAGUGACAGCGACAGCAGUGACAGUGACAGCAGUGACAGCAGUGACAGCAGUGACAGUGACAGCAGUGACAGUGACAGCAGUGACAGCAGUGACAGCAGUGACAGUGAUAGCAGUGACAGCAGUGACAGUGAUAGCAGUGACAGCAGUGACAGUGACAGCAGUGACAGUGACAGCAGUGACAGUGAUAGCAGUGACAGCAGUGACAGUGAUAGCAGUGACAGCAGUGACAGUGACAGCAGUGACAGCAGUGACAGCAGUGACAGCAGUGACAGCAGUGACAGCAGUGACAGCAGUGACAGCAGUGACAGCAGUGACAGUGACAGCAGUGACAGUGACAGUGACAGCAGUGACAGUGACAGUGACAGCAGUGACAGCAGUGACAGCAGUGACAGCAGUGACAGUGACAGCAGUGACAGCAGUGACAGCAGUGACAGCAGUGACAGCAGUGACAGCAGUGACAGUGACAGCAGUGACAGUGACAGCAGUGACAGCAGUGACAGCAGUGACAGCAGUGACAGCAGUGACAGCAGUGACAGUGACAGCAGUGACAGUGACAGCAGUGACAGCAGUGACAGCAGUGACAGCAGUGACAGUGACAGCAGUGACAGUGACAGCAGUGACAGCAGUGACAGCAGCGACAGCAGUGACAGUGACAGCAGUGACAGCAGUGACAGUGACAGCAGUGACAGUGACAGUGACAGCAGUGACAGCAGUGACAGUGACAGCAGCAGUGACAGCAGUGACAGCAGUGACAGUGACAGCAGCAGUGACAGCGACAGCAGUGACAGUGACAGCAGUGACAGCAGUGACAGUGACAGCAGUGACAGCAGUGACAGUGACAGCAGUGACAGCAGCGACAGCAGUGACAGCAGCGACAGCAGUGACAGCAGUGACAGUGACAGCAGUGACAGUGACAGCAGUGACAGUGACAGCAGUGACAGUGACAGCAGUGACAGCAGUGACAGCAGUGACAGCAGUGACAGCAGCAGUGACAGCAGUGACAGCAGUGACAGCAGUGACAGCAGUGACAGCAGUGACAGUGAGAGCAGUGACAGCAGUGACAGCAGUGACAGCAGUGACAGCAGUGACAGUGAGAGCAGUGAGAGCAGUGACAGCAGUGACGACAGUGACAGCAGUGACAGCAGUGACAGCAGUGACAGCGACAGUGACAGCAGUGACAGCGACAGCAGUGACAGCAGCAGCGACAGCAGUGACAGCAGUGACAGCAGUGACAGCAGUGACAGCAGUGACAGUGACAGCAGUGACAGCAGUGACAGCAGUGACAGCAGUGACAGCAGUGACAGCAGUGACAGCGACAGUGACAGCAGUGACAGCGACAGCAGUGACAGCAGCAGCGACAGCAGUGACAGCAGUGACAGCAGUGACAGCAGUGACAGCAGUGACAGUGACAGCAGUGACAGCAGUGACAGCGACAGUGACAGCAGUGACAGCAGCGACAGCAGCAGUGACAGUGACAGCAGUGACAGUGACAGCAGUGACAGCAGCGACAGCAGCAGUGACAGCAGUGACAGCAGUGACAGCAGUGACAGUGACAGCAGUGACAGCGACAGUGAUAGCAGUGACAGCAGUGACAGCAGUGACAGCAGCGACAGCAGCAGUGACAGUGACAGCAGCGACAGUGACAGCAGUGACAGCAGCGACAGCAGCAGUGACAGCAGUGACAGCAGUGACAGCAGUGACAGUGACAGCAGUGACAGCGACAGUGAUAGCAGUGACAGCAGUGACAGCAGUGACAGCAGUGACAGCAGUGACAGUGAGAGCAGUGAGAGCAGUGACAGCAGCGACAGCAGUGACAGCAGUGACAGCAGUGACAGUGAGAGCAGUGAGAGCAGUGACAGCAGCGACAGCAGUGACAGCAACAGUGAUAGCAGUGACAGCAGUGACAGCAGUGACAGCAGUGACGACAGCAGUGAUGAGAGUGAUAGCAAGUCUGGUAACGGCCACAACACCAGUGACAGUGACAGUGGCAGUGACGGCAGUGACAGUGACCACUCGACCAGUGACGACUAGAGCACAGAAGCCCAGACCCUGUGCGCGGGCCUUUGGUGAGUGAUGGAGGCAGCGGGACUCCUCACCCACUGGGGACAGGCGAGGAGCAGGUCACGUGGGACCCCACAGCUCGCAGGGAAUCAAGUCAAACCCAGAUUUGGAGCCAAGUCCAACUCUCAGAGAAGAUCGGGUGACCAACCUUGGCUCCUGUCUGUUAAAAUACGUUCAUGUUCAGAAAAUAUUUUCGGAAGUUUAAGUCUAGACGUAAAAUAAUUAAACAGAAAGUGAGGUAAUCGCUUACUGUGACCCGUAGCUUUGAUUUGAAUAGCGCGUGCUUUAGAGAGCAGAGCAAGCCAAGCUACAGAUGGCCCGCAGCGCCAUCUUCAUCCGCCGGUGGUCUGGGUACCAGAGAGCUGGUCUUCAUGCCGUGGAGCGAGCGAUGCUGUUCUCUGACAUUCAGCCCAACUGCUGUUGAGCUACCUGUCCUAGGAAAUACGCAUUUGUGACAUGAGCAAAGCAUUGCAGCAACCAUUGGCCCCAUCCAAGGCACGGGGACGAUCUUUGUGAUGAUAAAAUAGGGCAGUUAUGAACUAUGGGUAUUCUGAAGAAUGAAUCGGCAAGGAGUUCUGAGGAUGGCUCGAACAAGAUCUGACACAUGCUAUCACAUUUCUGCAAAGUCCCUAGUCCCCUGCAGCGCUUUGAACAGUGUCUCUUUUCCGGCAGCCGCUCUCAGAUCUUAAGUAAACGGGCAAUGCAGAUGGGUGAACUCGGGAGGUGGGAUCAUCGUCCGAGUUCUCCGUGCACCACUGUGUUAUUUUGUCUUCCAUUGGUCUCACGGGACACACUGGGUUCCACUGCUUAAUCAGGAAUUGUAAAGGUGUAUGAGAACAGAGGGACCUUUUGUGGGCGCUAGGGCACUUCUGAAAGUUAGAGAGAUGGCGAGAAUGAACCACCAAGACAGGAGGUGUGAAUUGGGAUUCUCCCAAGGGAACCUUAAGCCCUAAGCCUGAAGCAUACCUUUCAAGAUUUGGUGGUGUGCUUCGCCAUUUCUCUAUUUUCCCAGUUAUGUCAGAUUUGGGUUGAAUCAAAGCUACUAGGUAUGUUAAGACAUUAGUCAACUCUAUUAUUUUAGACAGAUUUUUACCCAGCAUUUCAGGUUUUUCCUGUACUCACUUCCUUUUGCAAGAGAUUCUUAGCUAAGGAAUGUUGGGAAGGCGUUGAGAUGCUUUGAUCUAUAAACUCAUCUAUGACUCCUAAACUGUAAGACACCAGGCUUCUGCUUUGCCACAGCCCAUGACACGGCUCCAGACCUCUUACCAGAAAAUAACGGUUUAGACUUUGACUCCUACUAGACUGCCAAUGUGCCUCUGUUUGCUUAGGCUAACUUGUGAAUCACUGCCUCCAGUACCUGUCAUACCUGGUCACAAGCGUUGUGGUGAUCAGUAAACAAUGGAUAGGAAGCUCAAUGUAAACUGUAUAAGAAAUGUAAAUGAAGAGG